UCCAGUCUGAGGAAAGGACGGAUCUUUUUUCAACAAUCCAUCUUCUUCAAUUCUUGAUUGGGUUUCUUUUGUUCUGCAAAUGUUUCAAUUCUGGAAAACCAUCAUCGGUGGUUUUUGAUAUCUUCUUUGCAUGGUCGGUUCAAAUGAUUGAAGAAGAUCAUAUGUUCAGUCUUUUGAUUUCUUAUUCACGACCCUCCAUGGAUAUAGCCCUCACAGUUUGGAUUGAUGAAGGAAAAAAACAACACAGGAAAUGAUUUCUGGAAAUUUUCGUGUUCUUGAACAUGAAUUCGAACCCUAAACCCUUUCGAUUAUGAGCACGAAUUGUGGGUAUAAGGGGAGAAGGAUGACAGCCCAAGGCCUGGGCAUCAAGAUAGGCCUAUUUCUUAUGGUGAUUUUUCUUAGGGUUUUGGGUAAUGUUGAAGCUCAGACAAAGAGCAUCUUAAUUAACUGUGGUACAAAUUCUAGUUUUACCAUUGAUGGUGAAAAAUGGAUUGGUGAUACAUCAUCCCCUAGCAGUAACAUAACUCUCAGUUCUCCCAGCAUUGAAGCUUUCACCUCCUCGGCCAUUAAUGGUGAUCCGAACCACGCGUCUCUCUACAAAACUGCUAGAUUCUUUUCAAAGCCUCUGAACUAUACGCUUCGUCAAGGAGAGCCCGGUAAUUAUUUCAUCAGACUUCAUUUCUUUCCCUUUGUGUUUCAGAACUAUAGCGCCAACCGGUCUAACUUUGAUGUCCGAACGAACGGUUUCACGUUGGCUUCCAACCUCAAUGUCCCUUAUGCCAUUUCGCAGCGGAAGAAUUCUAGCCUCUCUGCAUUAGUGAAGGAGUUUUAUGUUCCUAUAGAAACCAAUACUAUUGUCAUUGCCUUUUUCCCAAAAGAAGGAUCUUUUGGUUUUGUUAGCGCUAUAGAGAUAGUCCAAGUCACACAUGACUUGUUUGUUGGGUUGGUUAAUGAAGUGAGUGGGAACGGUUCGAAUGCUGGUUUGGGUAAGCGUGGGGUUGAGACUAUGUAUAGAUUGAACGUUGGGGGUGAUUCAGUCAAACCCGAUCAAGAUUCGGGAUUUAGGAGGAUGUGGGAAGAGGAUUCGGGGUAUAUGAUCAACUCGGAUGCCGGGUUGGAAUCCAGAAACAAGUCCAGAAUCACUUAUGCCUCUCCAAAUGAUACAUCCAUUGCCCCGCUACUCGUGUAUGAAACGGCGAGAACCAUGGCCAACACUUUGGUCAUGGACAGGAGAUUCAACAUGUCGUGGAGGUUGAAAGUGGACCCCGGUUUCGACUAUCUAAUCCGCUUACACUUCUGCGAGCUAGAAUAUGACAAGCCGAGCCAGCGCGUUUUCAGAAUCUACAUAAACAACAAAACUGCUGCUGAAAAUGUGGACGUUUUCGCAAGGGCGGGAGGGAUGAACAAGGCGUACCACGUGGAUUACUCCGACGCCAUGUCACCGGAAUCCAACCGUCUUUGGGUUCAAGUGGGACCCGGCACGCCAACGGGCUCUCAAGGCUCCGAUGCUCUGCUGAACGGCAUAGAGAUCUUCAAGCUGAGCCGUGACGGGAAUCUUGCCUAUGUGCAGAACCACGACGACGAAAGGGGCAGAAGAAACUCAAAAGUGGUCCUAUGGUUGGGAAUAGGCACGGCAAUCGCAUCAAUCAGCGCGUGCAUCGGCUGGCUGAUUAUCUCUGUCUUUAGAAAGCAAGAGACAGUGAAACUCAAACAUGUAGGAUUAAAAGGUAAGAAGAGAUCAUCCCAUGGAAGAUGGGGGAGACGGAUAGCCCUUGCGGACAUCAAAGCUGCAACAAACAACUUUGAUGAGAGUUUGGUGAUAGGGGUGGGUGGCUUUGGGAAGGUAUACAAAGGCCAGAUGAAAGCCACUCUUGCAGCAAUCAAGAGAUCAAACCCACAAUCUCAGCAAGGUCUGUCAGAGUUCGAAACCGAAAUAGAGUUUCUCUCUAAGCUUAGACACAGACAUUUGGUUCCACUCAUAGGGUUCUGCGACGAGCAGAAGGAGAUGAUACUGGUGUACGAGUACAUGGCGAACGGGACCCUCAGGAGUCAUCUUUUCGGGAGCGGCUUGCCACCGCUGAGCUGGAAGCGGAGGCUAGAAAUCUGCAUCGGUGCCGCCAGAGGGCUUCACUACCUCCACACAGGCUCAGAGCGCGGCGUCAUUCAUAGGGACGUAAAGACAACCAACAUCCUCUUGGACGAAAACUUUGUGGCCAAGAUGGCGGAUUUCGGGCUGUCGAAGAGCGGGCCCCCUGUGGAACACACUCAUGUGAGCACAGCUGUGAAAGGGAGCUACGGGUACCUUGAUCCCGAGUACUACAGGAACGAAAGGCUAACCGCCAAAUCCGAUGUCUACUCGUUUGGUGUGGUGCUGUUUGAAACCGUCUGCGCGCGUGCUGUCAUAAACCCGGCUUUACCUCAAGAUCAGAUCAACCUUGCAGAAUGGGCAGUGCUGAACCAACGGCUAGGAUCGCUCGAAACCAUAAUCGACCCGUCGCUGAAGGGGGGUUACUGUCCCGAGUCGCUGACGAGGUUCAGGGAGAUUGCAGAGAAAUGUGUUGCAGAUGAAGGGAAAGCGAGGCCGAAUAUGGGGGAGGUCUUGUGCUGUUUGGAGUACUCUUUGCAGAUUCAUGAGGCUUGGUUGCAGUCUAAUAAUGAUGUUUUGGACCAAAACUCUGUUUCUCACCAUUUAUGACUUUAUUUGAAUGUCAGUUCUAAGCACAUAGAGGUUUGGAAGAUGGAGUGUUGUCCCAGGUGGUUGAAGAGUGGUUAAAGCUCUUAGGUCUUUCAUUCUUUUAUAUACUCAUUCUCUUAUUGAUUGUAUCAACUUGUUCAUGAAGAUGUGCUGUGGACUGUUAAUCCUUUGAGAUGUAAUUUUGGGCGUUAGAAGUUGACAUAUUUGUAACAAGCAGAUCAAGGUUUAAUUGAAGUAACUAUAAUUGGGAAGGCUUUAUUGUGGUUUAGGACCGUGAUUAAGAAACUAAAUAACACAGG